AUGUUAUAAAGAGAUAACAAAAAUAGACAUAUAUCAAGUUGGGAUAUCUAGUUAGAUUAUACGAAUGCCGGAUAUGCCAGUCGAUUUACUAUUCCAUUUAAAUUAAGUAAUCCAUUACCUGAUUUUGGAUACCUGAGGAUCAAAUUUCCAUUUGCAUUACAUUACACAAAUACUAAUAAUGUACCUGAUAAUGUUGUAGUCACAUUCAAACAAGUAAAUUAUAAAAAGGGAUGUAUUAGGCUAAAGGAAAUUAUUAAUGUGGAGAAGAGAAUGAGUAGAGUGCAUAAGUAUUUGUUAACACUGAUGAGAAUAAUGCUUAUUAUGUAAAAUUUGGAGUGGAAUUGACAUCAAAUGAAUACUAUUAUGUGAUAAUUCAGAUUAGUGGCAAGAAUCUGAAUAUACAAUCAUCUGGAGUGAAAGAACCAAUUCAAUUGGCUACAGUUACAUCAAUAUCUGCAAUUGCUAUGAUCAUAGAUUACACUCCUGUUGGAGGAAUCUUUGCCUUAGAUCUAGAACCUAGUUCUGAUAUGAGAAGUCAAGUAAGUGAAACACUGAAUUUAAUGAAUUAAAUCUAUAAUGUGACUAUUGGUGUACAAUUUAAGAAAUAAAUGAAUGAAGGAGCUAGAGUUCAAUUGAUCUUUAAAUCUGAUUUUAAUUUUGAAGGUACUUGUAGUUUAUAAAAUGAAAUUCCUUAUGAAUGUACUUUAACUUCUCAAAUGGUUGUUUAUUUAAUCAAAUAAUACAUUUUAGUGAAUGAUUGGUUCUAUUUUCAAGUGAGUGUAAGAAAUCCUUUAAGAGUCACACUACCUACAUCUUUGGAAAUAAGAUCAUUAUAAUAAUAUGCAAAUACAAUCAAUGAAAGAACAGUAUCAGAUGCUGUAUUUUAAGUGAAAUAAGUAUUGUUAUCAACACAUAAAUUGUAUUUGGGUUGGGGUUUAGAAUAUUCAUCUAGAUCAGCCUCUUAUUAUCCUUUCCCAAUUAUAGUUUUUAGGGGAGAUGCUAAUGGCAAAUACACUCCUUAUAAUGCAUUUAAAUGGUAAUUUGCUAUGGCAUCUGAUUUACCUGAAGAUAUUGAAUUGUAAAUUGAAGUAUCUACACCUAUGAAAUUCAAAAGCUAUUUAAUGAGUAUUAAUCAUAAUCUACCAUCCUAUCCAGGUAAACAAAGUAAAUGUAUCUUCAGUAAUUCCAAUAAGUUAUCUCAAUCAAAAAUAGUUUGUUAUAAUAUUGGUUAAUUGUAUUUGUCAACUAUUUAUUAUAUUGGAUGUAGAGCAACAUUUCCAUAUGAUCAAUUCAAUCUUCCAUUAGAAUAAAAGUUUGGAUCAAUGAAUAUUUAUACAGUUAGCAAUGGAAUUAUAGAUACUUUAUCAGUUAUUGUUGAGUACAAUUCAUUAUCUAUUCUAGAUCAAAUCCUGUCGAAUAUAUUCAAACCAAUAAUAAUCCUGAUUGGUUAAAUCCUUCUUAUGAUGGUACUGUUGUUUCUAGUUAAAAGAUGGAUAUAUCCAUUUUAAAUGAUCCUCUCACCAACACACUUGGAAUCAUACCUAAUUUAGAUGAUGGUGAUAUAGAAUUGAUAAGAUUAAAAUUCAAUCUAGCAAUUAAAAUAGAUAAAAUUAUCACUCCAGCAACUACUCCUGUUCUUGGAACAUAAAAGAUAUCUUAUAGUGCAGGUAUUGUAAUUAUUGCCAAUGAUAAAAUUUUAAUGUCAUCAACAGAUCCAGCCACUCUUGAAUGUGCAACACUAUCUGGAUCUGAAUUCUUCAAAUAUGAUUACAAAUCUUCUAAUUUAGCUAAUUUCUUAGCAAUUACUGUUGCCAGUACAGAUGCUUAAGGUCUCCUUAAUAUGUUUGUUUAUAACACUAAUGAAUUACAAACCAAAUUUCUAUAAUUUGCAAUAAGUAAUCUAUAAGUUAAAUUCCAUUCCUCAUUAUAUCCAGAUGAAUAUCUAUUAGACUUUUAUAUUGGAUCAUUUGAUUAAAUUGAAAGUACUUAUCCAAUAUUCAAAUAAUCUUUCCUAACAAAUGCUUACACAAUUACAUCUCCUUCUCCAGCAUUCAUAAGAUUAGGCAUAGUCAACUAUUUUUCAAGUUCUUCCUCAGGAAACACUUGUGAUUACUUCCCCACAUUGAUUAGGUUAUCAGGAUACUUUCAAGAUACUGACUUAGAAAAUGCUCAAACUAAGAUUUCUUUAUUUUUUACUAAUCUUCAACCAAUUUACAUUUCAUCUGACUUUGAAAAUGAUAAUAGAGUAUAUUGUAAAUAUACUGGAUAAACUUAACCUACUUGUUAAUAUUAUUCAUCAGGGUUAUUAGCAAAUGGUUAAUCGUAUAUCAAUUAUGAAAGAUUAGAUGUAGAGUUUGAAUCUUUACCAACCAACUAAGCUGAUGCUUUCUAAUUAUUAAUACCUGUGAAGACAUUUGCAUCUAAUACUAAAGUGAGUUUCUUUCUUACAGCUGUUGUUGAAAUCAAUAAUUUAAUUCAAAUAAGAACAUCAUUCAGAUUAACUGGAAAAGAUAACAUCAACAGUGGAUAAUAUGCAUUUCCAUUAUCAGUAGCAGGAUUAGGUAAUGGAUUUGCAAGAGCUGGUGUCACUUCUGCAUUAGAAUCAGAUGGUGUUACUCCUAUACCAUAUUAAUUAUAAGUUAAUUCAGCCAUCACAGUAGGCAAGAAUAAUACAGAUUUGACAUUCUUUAUUGGUCACAAUGAUGUCAGUUUCAUCAAUAUAAAUACUGUUUCAAAUGAUAAUUAAAAUGGUGGUGGAUUCACUCUUGUCUCCACUUAACCUUUCUAUACUAUUGAUUCUACCCUUAAAGCCCCAAUAUCUGUAGAUUCAUCAAAAGUUUCAGGAUGUAUGACUUUUGAGUAUCUGACUAAGUUUGUCAUAUUUUGUCCUACAGAUAAAGCCAGUGAUUCACCAUUAACAACAUUGACAAUUAAAGCAGGUAAUCUACCUUUUAUUAAUGGUGAUAAAUUACCUUACAGAACUGUCUAUGCUUGGAGUGACAAGGUUAAUGGCUUAGGAGUCUUUAAAGUAGAUGUAGAUACUUUAAUCACACUCAAGGGAGUAGUCAAAAUAUUAUAGGUCUCUCCAAAACUUGAGAUUGGAUAGAAAUAAUAAAGAAUCUAAAUUAAAUUUUAUACUACUAACCCAAUUCCUAAUUAAGCUACUAUUAGAUUAGAAUUUUAUGAAUUAAUUCCAACUAUUAAUUUUGAUGCCAUUAACAAAGGAUCUAGAUGUUCAAUUGAAACAGCAUUAUAUGGAUUGUUAAGUCAUACUUGCACUGUAUCUAGAUCUACCUCAGGAUCUAAUGUAUAUUUUUUAUUCAAGAUAACUAAUUGUGAUAGUUGUCCAUGGACUAAUGGGUAAUUUACACUAAAUAUAUGGGGAUUGAAUAGUUUACACAGUGGUGCUGUUUAGAAAUCUUAAUUUCAUAUGAGAAUAAUGUCAGAAUAUUUGAAUACCAUUGAUGUAUCGAAAGUUCAAGGAGCUAUUGAAUAUGAUGAUAAUCCAAAUGUAGCUUAUGUUGCAUUCUUUGGUAAUCCCAGAUUCCAAUUUUACAAUAGAAGGGCAAAAGGAUAAAUCAGUUUAGAUUUUCAAUUCACUCGUAGUAUUUGGAAAUAGGAAUAUGUAUUGAUAAAUAUUGGUGGAUUUUUUGAUGACAAUCAAAGAAAUCAAAAAAAUAUUAUUUGUUAAGUCUAAUAAUAAGGAUAGCCAUCAUAUGUUUUUGGAUAAGCAGAUUACACACUUGAUAGAGGAAGUUCAGUAAGUGGAAUUAAAUUGUAUCCCAUUGAUGAUAUCAUUGGAUCUUAGAUUUUCACUUUAAAGUGUUAUGGCAUGGUCAUACCAUUUAGUUUGAAUCCAGAGCCCAUGGAUGCCAGUCUUAUUUUAUAAGGAACAUUUUUAAUCAUAUAAUCAUCAGGCACUAUAUCAUUAGACUCAUUAUAUGCUGAAACUAUUUUGCCAAUAAAAAACAUUUAAUUAACUUAGAAACUCAAUAAUUUAUGUGGUUCAACAACUGAUUUCUUUAUUAAUGUUACGACUACUUUGAUAGAUGUAAAAUUAGGUACUUCCAUAUUUGUAGUCUUUCCCACUACUUAUCCUUUCAUUGUCUCAAGUAAUCUUACUUAUUGUUCUUUAAAUAAUCUAUUUGUUGCAUGUUCGGUUGAUGUAGAAAAUACAGUGAUAUUAGAAAAUUUUGAUAUAUCAAUACCAAGAGGUUAAGAAAUGCAAAUCAGAAUUUAUGGUGCUCAGAAUUCAGCAAUUUAUAAUGAUUAAGCAAAUGAAAUCUUUGUGGCCUUUACUAAUAAUAUAGAUAUUACUGUAUUAGGUGAAUAUGGUGUGGUUUAUGAUUUAAUUGGAUAGGAUAUGGUUACUACUCCUCCAAAUAAUAUUUUAACAUUAUGGAUUGAUACAACUCAAUAAUAUAUCAGAGCGUUCAGUACUAUAACUUUGAAAGUAUCUUUUCCUGCAGGUGCUAUUGAUAUGUCUAAUAUAAUAUAAAUAGAAUUUCCACCUGCAUGGGAUAUGAUAAUAAAUUAUAAACUACCCAUUUGUUCCCUCUAUGAUCAAAAUAAUUAGACCAAUUAUGCAAAGUCUUGUAUAAAUUUUGGAAAUAGAGUCACUAUUACAAUUAAACAAAGUGAUUACAUAGGCUCAUAGUUUUAUUAUCUGAUCUUAGCCAAUGUUCGUAAUCCCGAUUAUGCUGUUUGUGGUAUUAAUAUGUGGACAAUUACUGUUCUGAAUUCAACAUAUGUAUUUGGUAGAUCACAUGCUCCCAAUUUUAAUAUUCCCAUAUUUCCAUUUAUUUCAAAUCCAAAUCAAGUGACUCUUAAAUGGAUAGAUAUGAAUACUAGACAAAGUAUUCGGACAUUAUAAGUAAAGACAGGAAUUUUUGAUCAAGUGAUAGGAUUAGCAUCAGAUGCAGGUUUAUUUUUACGUACUUUCCAAAUCUAUUGUGAUAAUCCAUAUUUUAUAGCUAAUCCAACUUCUACUGUUGCUCCUAUGGGAUAGGCUUAUACAACCUUCACAAUAGCAGGUACAAGUAAAGCACCAUAAGGAUUAUAAUUAAUUGAAAUUGCGAAAACAGAUGAUUUUGAAAAGCAUACUCAAUUACCUUUUCUUAGAGUAUUCCUGUCAUAAAAAUCUUGUAUUUUGAAUACAGAAAUGACACUUUAUUAAUUGACUCUAGGAGGUUAAGCACUUCCGAUUUUAUUUAAUCUUACAGAUUGUUAACCUGCAUCAAAUCUUCGUAUUGAAGCAACAUCAGAUACAGAUAAAAUAUAUUUUAAAAGUAAAUCAUCAAUAACUUUUGGUCUUAAUUAAAAAGUGGGAGCCUUUCUUUUUGCAUCUGAAGACAGUGGAAUAAGUGUAGGUGAUUCAGGAUUGAUUACUUUUUAAGUUUAAGGAUCAUAUUAAAAAUAUUACACAACUGUAGAUCCUAUAAGUUAUAGAAUAAUUGAUAUAAAUAAAAAAAGACCAACAUCAAGUCUGUUUAGUGUAGAUCGAGGAUCAAAUUAUGUAAAAUUUAUAGUAUCUUGUAAUUAAUAUGCAGUUGUUUAUUAUUAUAUAUCAAUAAAUGGAUCAGAAAUAUUAUAUCCUGAAGAAAUAUAAUAAAGAACAUUUCUAUGGACAGAACCAUCUAUAAAUGAUUAUUAUCAUUAAUUCUUUGGAUUAAAGAAUGUGUUUGUACCUUUGAAAAAUUAUACAGUUGUAGUAAGUGGACUUAGACCAUCUACUACUUAUAAUAUUACAAGUGUAUGUAAAAAUGUUGAAACAAAAUUCAGUAUGGCUACAACUAUUUUACAAACAACAAAAUCUAAUAAUGGAAAGUCUUUUUAUAUUGAUUUUAUUUUUGAUAGUGAAAUAGAUUUAGAAUUUUCUACUAGUAUUACAUGUUUCUUAACUCAGUAAUUUAAAGUUCCAGCUAGACUUAUUCGUAAUUCUAUUAAUACUUGGUGUUCAUUAUAGAGAAGACGUAUAUUAAGUACAACAAAUAAUAUUGUUUAUAAUGAGAAAAAUGUUAGAAUGUAUGUUAGUUUAAUAGAUUUUGAAUUAUAAGAUACUGUCACAGCAUCUUUGCUUACAAAAGGAAUAAAUAAAACUUAAUUUAUAUCUGAUUUAUAUGAUUAAGUUGCUGGAUUACCUAAUUUAGUUAAAUUAUCUGAUUUAACUGCCAUCUCUACCACUGUCCCAAUAUUUUAAUAUGAAGUUACUUUAAAUAUUAGUACAAAUUCAAUUGCAUUAUUAAAUAUCUCUUUAGAUUAAGAAGGUUUUGUCUAUUGUAUGAUUGAUUUCAAUAACAGAACAAAGAUGCCUACUUUUUAUGAUUUAAGAGAAGGCAAUGCUCUAAGAAAACCAGAAAAUAAUACAUAUUAUGAAAGAUAAAGAUUUAAUAAAUCAAGUUCACUCAAUUUCACUUUUGAUGGUUUAAAACAUUAUACUAAUUAUUCAAUUUAUUAUUAUGCAUCCAAUGAUGAUCCAAGUGAACAUUAAAUAAGAACUUAUGUCUAUGAGAUUAAUUUUAGAACUGCUCCUAAAUAUGAAAUGUGGGGUAUGAUCAUCAUAUUCAGUAUUUUGAGUAUGAAUAUUAUUCUUAUAUGA